UGAAUGGCAAUUCUUUCACACACAUUCAAAAUACAAACAAAUAUGGCGCGAAUCACAAGGUCAGCCAAAGAUCUAUGGUCUUUAGUAUGUGGCUCAUCUAUUUUGAAUUGCAAGGAAUUAGUUGAAUAUGAACUUCAGGAAAAUAGUGAUCGCAUUAUUAAUGGAAUAUUGUUUUUCAAGAAAGCCAGUUCACAAUCCUUGGAUUCCUUGAAAAAGUCUGUUGAAGAGAUGCAUUUUGAGUUUGUUUCGAAGUUGAGUAAACUUAUAAAUGUUGAUGCUAUGCAGUGUUAUGAGUUAUUUGUAUCAUAUACCACAUAUGAAUUUAAAGGAACUCAAAAAACUUUAGAGGCACAACUUAUGAAUGAACGCCAUUUACAAUCCUUAUUGUUAGAAGUAUGGCAUUAUUAUUUUGGCGAACGAUUGUAUUACUUGCUCAUUCUUAAACAUAUCCUUAGUCACUGGCAAGAUGAGACAGAUCAAUACAAAGAUAUAUAUGAAAAGUUUUUGGACAAGCAUAAUAAAGACAAUGCUGUUGUACAUAAGUUAAUCAAUCAAAUGGAAGCAUCCAUUAAUUCAGAACUUCCUACAAAAGAUACUCAUGGUGUAUACAUGACCGAUUUGCUUGCUUAUCAUUGGGUUAAAUUUGUUCUAAAAGAGCAGGGAGAAUUGUUGCAACUAAUGCUUUUGUAUUAUAAAGUCAUUGAGCCAUCUUUAAAUGAUGUUCAAAGGAUGUUUUCACUUUUUCAGAGUCAUGGUUUUGGUUUGAGACAAUCAUUUCGUAUAAUGCAAUCUGAUGAUACUCAAAAUUUGAUCAAUUUUAUCGGAUAUUUGGAAAGCUUUGUAAUAAUUCAAUGUUUUGAAUUGGAUUGGCUAUUUAAGUGCAAAGAAAGUGGAAUGAUUGGAGAACAUUACUUGCUAAAAAAUGAAAAAGCUCUCCGUAUGCUGAAUGAUUCAAUUCUUGCUCUAGGAAGCCAUCAAUUUCAUUCACCUAUUAUGUUAGCCUGGUUGUUGGUUGCUCAAUGUUCUGAAUUUCCAGAUUUAUUGGUGCAUUGUAAUAAAUUAGGGAAAGCAGCACUUCAUUUAGAUGUGUUUAAUUAUUUGAUAUCUGCUUUAAAGUCAUCUAUUUUUUCUGGAGUUGGAGUUGUAUCAGAAGUUGCAAACAAUGUUGUUUAUAGUUUAUUGUCAUGUAUUCUAUCUCAGUUUGAUCUGCAACAUUUAGGAUCUUUGCAGCCUUUAUUUACAAUAGCUAGCACUGUUUUACAAUAUUCAUCAAUUGCUGAUGACUUUUGGAAGAAGGGUGAAGAUGCUGGCAUUGGAGAUCUUUUUACAUAUUGCUUAGAAAUGUUUUCAAUACAGUUUUAUCCUCUGCUUGAUAUAUGUUCAUCUCUGUGCCUGGCCAGUAAAGAAAGUUGUUCAAAGGUCACUGAACAGCUGAAAAAUCUCACCACUUUCACUGAAUUUUGGGAAAAUAUAGAUGAAAGAGAUAUAGUUGCAACACCUGAACCAAAUGUGUGGCAACUUAUUAAAGAUAGGCCCAUAUAUGGCGAUAGUAAUAUAAUUAUACCUAAAGGGACAUUAGGACUAGUUUUAAAACAAGCAGAUAAAAAUGCCUCAUCAAUAAUCCAGUGGAAAGUAAAUUUAAAUGGAUGGCAAGUUUGUUUGAGAGAGAUUUAUCUGAAGCUGCAAGAAAUGAAUUACAGUACAGCUUUUAUUUCUCCUGAGAGUAUCCAGAGAAUAACAUCAGUUGCUAAAUUAGUGAAUAGUAUUCUGAAAACUAAUAUUGAUAUGAGAUUUGACCUUUGUCAUUUGAUCAAUGUUCUCUUCUCCAUUCUUCAAAGGUGCAUAAAUAGUUCAUCACCUUCACUAGAAUUCAUCUCUAUGUGUAUAAACAUUGCAGCAACAUUAUCUAAAAAUGAAAUGUCUGAUGUGUGGCAGCAACUUGCACAUAUUCAGUUACUUCCUUUCAUGACACAUACCCCCAAAAAUGUUUCAGAUAUGCUCAGUGGCAUGUGCAUGAAUACUGGAAUUUUAGGCCAAAUUAUAGCUUCAAGGGAGUGUGUUUCUGGUGAUUACUCUGUCUGCCUGGCCUUCUUGGACUUGGUUACUAAUGUUUCAUUAACUGUUGUUAAAGAGGAUGACAACUUCCUUGCUUGUGUCAUUUAUAUUCUAAGAGAGCUUUUGUCCUAUUUCCAUAAAUGGUAUUAUAAUGAACAUCGCCAAAGAAUACUUUUAGGUCAAAAAUGUUUGAUUUUGCUUCAUAGUUUGUUUUCUGUUGAGAAAGACAGAUUGGAAGCUCUGGGAAAAGCACAAGAACUAUGUAUUUACAGCCUUUUACGUUUUGAAGCUGGUCAGACUUUGCUUAAAAUUGUUUGUACUGGAGAAGAAGUUAUUCAGCAGACAAUCUUAAAACAAAACAGUGAAUUGGGAGAACAGAUUGCUUCAAUGAUUCGUUUGUCUUUGUCAGUUUUGAAUCGCCUUUUAUUGUUGCGUCAUAAAACAACCACGAGCUCAAAAACUGAAGUCACUCCACUUGAAGCAGUUUUAUUUUCAACUCCUGGGCAUACCAAUCAACCCCAAGUUGUUUUAAUGGUGGCUCAUUAUGCUUUCCAGCAUUAUAAUCCUCGUUUAGCUACUCUAGCAGUUCAAUUGCUGAAAAGAUUUGCAAAGGAGUUUCCUAUGUCCUUAUUGGCUUGUUUUGGUUCAGAAGCAGAAGCAAUUAGGGACCAUUUCUUAGCUCGUCUCAACUCUGCAUGUGAAGAUAUAAGAUUCAAAGUAUCAGUAUGGGAAUUCUUGACUGUGUGUGUAGUGCAACAACCUGGACUUAUUGAAAUGUUUAUUAAUGUCAGAAGAAAGAAUGACAAAGAAAAAAAAGACGAAAGUAAGAGCUGCUUAGAAUGUGUGAAACAGAUUCUCAAAGAUAAGAAAAAUGAGUCCAAAAAUAUAUACCCAAAAGAACUCCUUUGUGCUGGUGUGGAAUUUAUACAUGCUCUUUGGAUUGGACAUCAAGCAUUAGCAAUGGAAGCUUUGAAAUCUGAUACACAAUUUUGGAAUUUGAUGUGCAAUUCCUUGAUGAGUGAUGAAUUUUCUCAUGAUAAUCCUGGCAUAAAUGCUUAUAUUAUUCGAACUUUAGCUUUGGAAGUAUUUUACAGUGGAAAAAACAGGUUGAAUGAAAAUGUGAAGUCUAUAUUUCAAGAAAUUCAUAGUAAAAAUUCUUUACUAAAAUGGUCAAAGCAUAUUCACUGUAGCAAGUUUGUAAGUAAUGAACAAGGUGACGGAGAUCAUUCCCUUGAUACCAGCUCCAUUGAUUUACAAGAUUCUUUUGCCCUUCUCACUGCUUGGAGAGAUUUUCUCUUAAUAGUUGCUGUGCAUGAACCUUUAUCUGUUUCAUCUGAUUGCAAGAAGCAGAUAUUGAAAGAUAUUUUAGAACAUCUGCAAAAGGAGAUGAAAUGUAACAAUUCUCGUGCUCUUAUUCUUCUCUCUGAACUUUUUCUCAUGCUAUCCAGGCAUUGGCAAAGAGAAUUAAUAUCACUUUUAAAUUCUGAUGAAAUGAAAAAUCCUAUCUUUCAAAUCCUUAAUGAAGUUGCUUACAAUGCUGAAACUAUUCACCCGAGGGAGCAGCUGAUAGUGGUUUCCAUAGCUGUUUUUAUUGUCCGACUCCAAUCUGGCACAGAUUUUAAAAUAGUUAAAAAUAUUAAGGAGUGGAUUGUUCCCUGCUGCCAGCUACUCAAGAAAGCUUCUAUUUUGAUUCAUCAGCCUUUAGACCCUAAAAGUAUUGAAGGAAUUUUAAAGCUGCCAAUUGUAAUUGUAAGUCUUCUAAAUGAGUUAAUCCAAGUGGUUAAAGAUUGGUUGCCAAUUAUAAAGAAUUAUUCUGUGAUACCUCUUUUAGUUAGUCUACUUAUAAAAAGCUUAAAGUUAAAUGUUGGUUUACAAUUGGCACAUGGCAUUAUCACCCUAUUCUUGUCUAUGGGAUCUAAUAAAAAGGCUGCUGAGGCAUUGUGUAACACAGGUUUCAUGUCUGAAGUUACUCUUAUUCUCUCUGAUAUUGAUAUGGCUGCCCAUAUUUCUGAAAAGAGGAAAAAUCUUGGUUCUCAAAAACCAAAACUUAGUCGAGUGGAUGUGUAUUUUGCAUUUCUUCGGUUUGUAACAGCACUGCUACAAACACUUGGAAACUAUUUUUUGCAAGACUGUUGGAACUUCAUUGGUGUUCAUCAAGAAGCUAUGCAUAUUACUUUAGUGGAAAUGAAAAAUAGCUUUUUGCGAGAAGGAAUUCAAGAUGCCAUUUUGACUUGUACAUUUAUUCUACAACUCUCUUCUCAUCAGCAUAUAUGGAGACUUGAACACCCAAGAUCUCUGGAAAUGCUGUUGGUUGAUGUGUGCAACUGCAUUUACGGAACAGUAGCAAUAUCUUGCAAACCCGAGCUUCUAAAAUAUUUAGUAAUGCAUAAAAAAAUGCUCGAUUCCAAACCUUUGAAAAGUUUAGAAACUGAAAGUCUACUAAAAAGAACAAUUUCAGAGGAUGACAGCCAAACACCUGCAGAAGUAGAGGACAUUCAACAAAAAUUAUACGAACUUCUUGCUGUUACUUUAACAAUUUUAACAAAAUAUUGUCCAGAGAUGUAUGAAACCAUGUCAGGCCAUACAAUUGAUUAUGGUCAGUGGCAAUUAUUGUUACAUGUGAGUUUCAGCAUACCAUCACUCGACCGAGAUGGACCAUUAUGUUUCGGAACAAUUUUAGCUUGUGUGAACAUGUGUCUCAAAUUACUUGUUAAGAAUGAGAAAACUCCUUCGCCCAGAAAGGCAAAUGAUAAUCCUCCACCAGUAAACAGGCAUCUUUUAAUGUAUAUUCUAGAAAUAAGCCUAGCUAUUCUUCUCUCACAAUCUUCAAUUGCACUAACUCAUCCCAGCUUGCCAGCAAGAGACAAACAGGUGGUAAGACGAGAACUAGCAGCUGAAUUGAACUCAAUGAAUAUAACAAUGAAUCGAUAUUUGCGCAGAGGACCCCUCUCACCAGCAGGAAUUUCAACACCGUCCAUUAGCCCAGGAAUUUCAUCCAAAACUCAUCUUACAGAAUUUCCAUUCAUGAAGCUCAUAAGUAAUUUAGUGGAUAAAUUAUUCAAGUGAUGUGUUUAAAAAAAAUAUUUUUGUACAUAAUAUUUUGAGUAAAACGUUUCUUUUUCAGAA